UACAUGCUCUUAAAUUUUUUACUAGAAAUAAUUUUUGAGUAAAGGGUUUCCCCUCAAGUACUGAACUACUGUCAAUUUUCCCUCCAUCUUCCCCCAUCUUUCUCUCAUUUCCUCCAGUUUUCUAAUUCAAACAUACUUAACAAUCUUACAGACUAACCAGUGAUGGCAGACGAUAGAGUAAUGGCGUCGCAAUCACAUCACGAAGCAUCUCCAACAUCAAACACACAUCAAUCGCCGCAACAUCUUCAAGACGAUCAUGGCGAAGUUGACGAUGCAGAACCAAAUAUGGAGGAAGGACUUCAAGCUCAUGAAUAUGGCCCUACACAUCAUCCUUCUGCUCCUUCUGACGAGUUAUUUGACAUCACAACGACCAUUGAUCCUAGUUACAUAAUUUCCUUGAUACGCAAACUUCUACCUGUUGACAUAAGUCAAAGUGAUGACCCUCAAGGACUUGCUGGCUCUCAAAGAUCAGACACUGAUCAUCUGGUAGAUGAUGUAUUCUCUCCAAUUAGAAAUGAUGGUCUAUACGAUAUAAAUGCUAAUAAAGAGACGUCGGGGACUCAGCCUGUUGGUCCUGAACAAACUUCAAGGUCAGCAGGGACAGAUGACAAGGACAUUGAGCCUCCUAAAAAGUCAGCUCGAGAAGAGGCUUGGGAAGAAAAUGGUUGCGUUUUGUGGGACCUUGCUGUUAAUAAGGAACAUGCAGAAUUUAUGGUUCAGAACCUUGUGCUUGAAGUCCUUUUGGCCAGUCUUAUGUCAUCUGAUUCUGUCCGUAUUACAGAGAUCAGCCUUGGAAUUCUAGGCAAUCUUGCCUGCCAUGAUGUUCCUAUGAACCACAUAAUCUCAACAGAAAAAUUGUUGGAGACAAUAGUAGAUCAAGUGUUCUCAGAUGAUGCCCCUUGCCUAUGUGAAGUCUGCCGGUUGCUAACUUUGGGUCUUAAAGGCUGUCAAUGUGUUGUAUGGGCCAGAGCAAUGCAGUCAGACCACAUCUUAAGCCGUGUCCUUUGGAUUACAGAGAAUACAUUAAAUCCAGUCCUCAUCGAGAGGAGUGCUGGGUUAUUCUUAGCAAUCAUGGAGAACCAACAAGAAUUGGUACCUAUUCUUCUUUCAACUCUUGUUAACUUGGGGCUGCCAAACCUUUUGGUUAAUCUCAUGGCUUUGGAGGUGGGCAAACUAACAAGUGACAGAAUGCCGGAAAGGUAUCCUGCACUUGAUUCAAUACUUCGUGCAAUUGAAACCCUUUCUGCCAAUGAUGAUUAUUCAGAAGGGAUAUGUUCAAAGAAGGAAGUUGUCGAGAUGGCUGUGGAGCUGAUCAAAAUCCCUGAGAAGAUCGAGAUUUCCAGUUCCUGUGUAACUGCAGCAGUUUUGAUAGCAAACAUACUAGCUGAUGCUCCUUAUCUGGCUUUGAAAUUAUCAGAAGAUUUUCUCUUAUUGCAGUCUCUCCUCGAUUUGUUCCCGUUUACUUCAGAAGAUUUUGGGGCAAGAAAUGCAUUAUGGAGCGUACUGGCCAGACUUCUGGUCCGCUUUCAAGAAGCAGAGAAGAGCCAUUCAAGACUCGGCCAAUAUGUAUCGAUGCUUGUGGACAGAUCAGAUAUGAUAGAAGAUGCCCUCCUUGAGAGCGAGUGGGAUAGAUCCUCUGAAUGUGAUACUAGUACCGCAUCAGCAACAAAACUUGUCUCCAGAACUGCUGCUAUUAAAUGCAUUGUUAGAAUUCUGGAUCAGUGGAAUCGGGUGAAGGAUGAGGUAUCUGUAGUGCAAAAUGAUGCGGACACUGGAGGGAAUGGUUAUGCUGUUGAUAGAGAUUUUCAGAAAUUGUUUGACUGUUGUCUCAAGCAUGCAAGCUAGAUCCUACUUUACAACAAACUGCAUGUAUUGGUUUUGAUGGAAUUUUAUUGCUGUGCUGUUGCGCAUCAUUGAGGUAUGCUAAUCCUUGAGCUUCAUAUAUAUUGUUGCAAAAAAAAUCUCAUCGGAAGCUGCAGCCAGGAGAAUGAAAACUUCUAAUCUGAAAUUUAGCCAGGAAAACGGAAGUCCGGAGUGUAGAAAUUUCUGCCAGGAGCAUGUGGAAAUGGAACUGUUUCUGAUACUUACAGAUUUAAACUCAUUUUGUUGUAAAGAAAAUAGAUGCAUGUACCUAUUUAGGCCUUAGUGUAUGGUCUAUGUGAAAAAAAAAGAGAAUCUGGGCAGGAUAAAGAGAAGAUACACACGCACCGUAUAUACAAAGUUUGAUGGCUUCCUGUAAUCUAACUGUUUGUUUGUUGGACUCUUCAUGCACACAUGCAAUGAAUAUUUGUGAUCAAUUGAUCAUCCAAGUUUAA